AUGAAUGAUAAUUUGAAUGAUCUGGUAAAUCUCGGUGACGACGACGAGGUUGAACAAAUGGAUGAUAUGGAUGGAUUUGUAAGUGAAAAUAUUGAUUCAAUGAGAAACGAAGACAAAUUUAUAAAAAGCGAAUUUAGACAUGAUGAAUUAUUUGAAAUUGGUUAUUUGGCAAUUUGGUCAUUAUCAAGUUGGAAGUUGGGAAAUGGCAUUGAUAAAUUACGUGAUGAUAGUGAUAUUACUUAUUGGCAAUCCGAUGGAACACUUCCACAUUUUGUUAAUAUUCAGUUUCAUAAAAAAGUCUAUACACCAAAUAGAAUAACUGUUAGAGCAGGCACACACUUUGGAGAUCUUCAGGAUUUACGAACGGUUGAAUUGGAUAGGCCUUGUGGUUGGAUUGAUAUACAAAUAAGUGGUGAUGAAGUAUUAAGGAUUAAACAACAAUUCAAAUUAAAUACUAAUUAUGAGGAUGACUCUGAUGAAGAAUUAAUAACUUUUCCGGCUACAGAAUCUUUUCCUGUCGUAAGAUGA